AUGCCAUGGGCCAGCCAUGGAUGGCUGCUGAUCGCAAGAUGUGCCGCGCUGGACUUUUUGGACUGCUCCGGGGAUAGCUUCAGCCCUGCUUGGGAGCAGUUCCGGGCCGAGCUGCCGGAUGUCCUCACGCCUGACACUUUGCUCUCAGAUGGCCUCGCCUCACAGGCUGCAGACCUCUUGGAUGCCGCUGAGGAGCUGAAUUGGGCGGAGGCGGUGAGCGCCUUCAGCGGCCGCCUCCGCGGAGAGCUGGCCACCGAGGACCUAGGGGAUUUCUGCUUGUACGGCCUGGUCACGGCCUAUGCAGUGGUGGCCUACCACAUGGCGAGGACAGCGGAGGACCAGCUACCUGGCUCGGCGAAGAAUUUCCUGGCGCGCGCCUUGAUGAUCCUGGCCAAGAAGCAGGUCAAUGACUUCCUGGAGUCCUCCUCCUGGCCAAUCCGCUCGCUGGACCUCGUGGCCUUGUUGGAGUUGGAGGACUUCGCGAAGGUGAGGUCUCUGAGGCUGCACCUGCCGUGCUGGCUGCGCUUGGACUGCAUGGACACGCUGCCGGAGGCGCGGUCCCUGGAUCCCCCGUUGCCGCCCUUGGCAGCGGCCUGGCCGCGGCGGGUGGUGGCGGUGGGCCUCCAUACCACCUCCACGCUGGAGGUGGUGACUGCCCUGAGGGACGCCGUGACGGAAUCCUGGGGCCGCGGCGGCGCGGCAGGCGCUGGCUUCGACAUCCAGUACGCGGGCCAUCCGUGUCCCUCCCACUCCGGGAGCGAGCACCACUGCGCCAUGCGCUGUGAGCUCCUGGGUUUGUGCAGCGACGCGGAGAAUGCCGCAGACCCCCUCGCGGAGUUUGUGGCCGGGGCCGUGGACGUGGCCAAGUUCGAGGAGCGUGAGUCCUACGCCAUGGACGAGGCCCGUGCGGCGCUGCGCUGGGCCCCUCGCAGGCUCGAGCCCCUUCGACAGGCGGAGCUGAUUGUUUGCACCUUCCCCACGGUUCUGUGCGUCCUGCUGCACGAGCUGUUGCCAGAGACGGCCCAGCUCUACGUAGCCAUCGCCAAUCCUCUCUUUGCAGCGCCAGGCUGCACGAAGCAGGAGGACUCGACGGUUCGAGACUGCGAAGCGGCCGAGGCGCAGGAGUUCCUCCUCGCUUUUCGCUCCAUGCUGGCCAAAGACAAGCUGGUUCGGGGUGUGGCGGCCUACACCGUGACGGCUGCGCUGGUGGCAUACCAGGCAGGUGUGGUUCUACCUUUGGCAGGCAAGGCUGGCCGAUACCUGCCACAGCAGGCCUCCUGGAAGGGGCCCGAAAGCCGCGAGGUGCUGAUCGCACGCAGCCGCUUCCUGGAGACGGCCUUUGGCGCUGCUUUCCGAAACCUGCUGACGGAGUUCCAGGAGUCUGAGAGCUCCUUGUCCUUUGUCUUUCAGCAGGAGGCCGGCACGUACCUCAGCUAUGAGAAGCUGAGCGAGUUCCGCUGCGCCAUCAUAUUCGCGCAGGAUCUGGGUCUUCACAAGUUCACGGAGCACUACGCGAUGGCCAUGCCACUUUGGGUGCCCUCCAGGGAGCUCGCCUACAGGCUUCAGAGCUUUGUGCCUUGGGGCAUGGUGAGCUACUCCGGGAGCUGGCGGCACCAAGGACCUAGCCAAGAGGAGGAGGGCCCUUGGUGGGAAGCACCGGAGCCCAGGGAAGAGUCGGCACCUGGCUUCGCCUUCCCUCCCUUCUUCAAUGCACAGACCGCUCCUUAUCCCUUGGCCAAGGCGGCGUAUUGGUAUGAGUUCGGUGAGUUCGUGUCAUACCCUGGUGUGCAGGAGUUCACCUCCAUGCCAGAGCUGCUGCUGAGCCUGGAGACGGAGCAACUGCUCGAGAUCUCCGCGGAGAUGAGGAGUGAAGCGCUUCCGUGCGCGGUUGUGGCGCAAGACGCGGGCAGUGUAUGCUGCGGCUGGGGGCGCCUGAGGAGUCGGUCAUUGGGGGGGAAAGCACGCAACCGGCCCAACUGCGUGCGUCGAGUGGGGCCCCAUCGAAUCAGCGAGGCCAUGGCGCCCUACAUUUUGGGCCUGGUGAUCUUCAUUGCUGCGUCUGUGGUGGGAAUGCUGCUGUGGUGGAACCCUCAUAUCGAGUUCCACAAAGCACCAGCCACCAAGAGAGACAUGUCGAAGAACGAGGUGCACGCGCACCUGAGAAACCACAGCAUCCUGCACGUGGGCGGCCUGCACCACAGCGGGCUGACGCUCACGGCAGAGCUGCUGAAUCGGCACCCCGAUGUCGCUGGCAUGAGGCACCAGGAAGGCGCCGACAAGCGCAAGGCUCAUUGGGUAAGCGAUAUUGCCAAUGACGGCGUUUGGCUGCAGACGGUGAUCCCCAGCUUUGGCUUGGACCACAAGCAGUUCUUCCUUUGGAAGUUUCUGAGCAAGUUCGCGAGAAGGAUCUUGCCGGAGGAGACGGUGGAUCGUCAUCCCUGGAUGAAACUGCGAAGUGGGCUGGGGCGAUUCGCCCUGCACCAGGGACACCACCUGGACGACACCUCCCCGAUGAUCGUAUCCCGGGCGCAGAUUCACCUCUUCAGCGAGUGGGCACUCUUCUGGGACCUCUCGAAGAAGGUGCUUCUGGAGAAGUCGCCCUCGAAUGUUGUCCUUUCGCCCUUUCUGCAUCGACUCUGGGGGUUGGACCUUGACUCGCCCAGCUGUGGCCGCUUCAUCUUCCAACAGCGCCACCCGCUGGCGGUGGCCAUGUCCACGAAGCGCCGCGGCGGGCCCGUGGUAGACGAUUUGUCCAUUGCCGACCUAGUGGAGAACUGGGUUUGCGCAGAGGAGCGGAGAGCCAAGGACGCUAAAGCGUACUUUGAGUACUACGGCUUCAGCCAGGCCAUCUACCUGCUGCAAUUCGAGGAUUUGCUGCGUGAGCCGCAGAAGGCCCGGGCCGUGGACCACCUUUGA